GCGGCGGCAGCAGGAGCAGCAGGCGCAGGAGCAGCAGCAUGGUGCGGGAGACCCGGCACCUCUGGGUGGGCAACCUGCCCGAGAACGUCCGCGAGGAGAAGAUCAUCGAGCACUUCAAGCGAUAUGGACGUGUUGAGAGUGUCAAAAUUCUCCCCAAAAGGGGCUCAGAAGGUGGCGUGGCAGCCUUUGUGGAUUUUGUGGACAUCAAGAGUGCUCAGAAGGCACACAACUCCGUCAACAAAAUGGGAGAUAGAGAUCUUCGGACGGAUUACAAUGAACCAGGAACCAUUCCUAGUGCUGCUCGGGGAUUGGAUGAUACAGUUUCCAUAGCAUCUCGUAGUAGAGAGGUUUCUGGGUUCAGAGGAGGUGGUGGUGGGCCCACAUAUGGCCCCCCACCAUCACUUCAUGCACGGGAAGGACGCUAUGAGCGGAGACUUGAUGGGGCUUCAGAUAACAGGGAGCGUGCUUAUGAACAUAGUGCCUAUGGACACCAUGAACGGGGGACAGGAGGAUUUGAUCGUACGAGACAUUAUGAUCAGGAUUACUAUAGAGAUCCUCGGGAGCGGACUUUACAACAUGGACUCUAUUACAGUUCUCGGAGUCGGAGUCCGAGCCGCUUUGACACUCACGACCCCCGAUAUGAACCUCGGGCCCGGGAGCAGUUUACCUUGCCCAGUGUGGUACAUAGGGAUAUCUAUCGGGAUGAUCUCACGCGGGAGGUACGAGGCAGAAGGCCAGAGCGGAAUUACCAGCACAGCAGGAGCCGGUCGCCGCAUUCCUCCCAGUCCAGGACUCAGUCUCCCCAGAGGCUGGCCAGCCAAGCAUCAAGACCCACCAGGUCCCCGAGUGGCAGCGGUUCCCGGAGUAGGUCUUCAAGCAGUGACUCCAUCAGUAGCAGCAGCAGCACCAGCAGUGACAGCAGCGACUCCAGCAGCAGUUCAAGUGACGAGUCUCCAGCCCGGUCUGUUCAGUCCACGGCUGUUCCAGCUCCCACCUCCCAGCUGCUUCCAUCUCUGGAGAAAGAUGAGCCCCGGAAAAGUUUUGGGAUCAAGGUCCAGAAUCUUCCCGUGCGCUCCACAGACACCAGCCUUAAAGAUGGGCUGUUCCACGAGUUCAAGAAAUACGGGAAGGUGACUUCGGUGCAGAUCCACGGGGCCUCCGAAGAGCGCUACGGGCUGGUGUUUUUUCGGCAGCAGGAGGAUCAAGAGAAAGCCUUGAACGCCUCCAAAGGGAAGCUCUUCUUUGGCAUGCAGAUUGAGGUCACAGCAUGGAUAGGCCCAGAAACUGAAAGUGAGAACGAGUUUCGGCCUUUGGAUGAAAGGAUAGAUGAAUUUCACCCCAAAGCAACAAGAACUCUCUUCAUUGGCAAUCUGGAAAAAACCACCACGUAUCAUGACCUUCGAAACAUUUUUCAGCGUUUUGGAGGAAUAGUGGAUAUUGACAUCAAGAAACUGAACGGCUUCCCCCAGUAUGCCUUCCUCCAGUACUGCGACAUUGCCAGCGUGUGUAAAGCCAUCAAGAAAAUGGACGGGGAAUAUCUUGGAAACAAUCGGCUGAAGCUGGGCUUUGGGAAGAGCAUGCCCACCAACUGUGUGUGGCUAGACGGUCUUUCCACAAACGUUACGGACCAGUAUUUAACACGCCAUUUCUGCCACUAUGGGCCUGUGGUCAAGGUGGUGUUUGACCGCUUAAAAGGCAUGGCUCUCGUUCUCUACAAUGAGAUCGAAUAUGCACAGGCAGCUGUAAAGGAGACCAAGGGCAGGAUGAUAGGUGGAAAUAAAAUCAAGGUGGAUUUUGCAAACCGCGAGAGUCAGUUGGCAUUCUAUCAUUCUAUGGAGAAGACGGGCCAGGAUAUCCGAGACUUCUACGAGAUGCUGGCAGAGAGGAGAGAUGAAAGAAGAGGAUCUUACGACUAUGCUGCUGACCGUACUUACUACGAGGCUGUAAGAACGCCAGGGACAUAUCCUGAAGAUCCUCGAAGAGAGUAUCCAGCUCGUGGAAGGGAGUUUUAUGCAGACUGGGAUCCUUAUCAAGGAGACUAUUAUGACCCACGAUAUUAUGAUGAUCCACGGGAAUACAGAGAUUAUAGAGGUGACCCUUAUGAACAAGACAUCAGGGAAUACAGUUACAGGCAGCGGGAGCGGGAGCGAUUUGAGUCGGACCGGGACCACGAAAGGAGGCCUAUUGAGCGGAGUCAGAGUCCUCAUUCCCGGCGGCCACAAAGCCCGGGAGCGUCUCCAUCUCAAUCUGAGAGGCUGCAGAGUGACUCCGAGAGGAGGAUUUACAGCAGGUCUUCAGAGCGCAGCGGCAGCUGCAGCUCACUUUCUCCACCACGCUAUGAAAAGCCGGACAAAGCCCGCCUGGAGCGCUGUGCAAAAACGGAGAAGGCAGAAAAAGAGAGAGCCUUUGAGCCAGAGAGGCCCGACAAAGACAAGCGGCUGGUUAGGAAAGGUAAAGCAGAGAAACUCGAAAAGGAUAAAACGGACAAGCAAAAACGAAAAGCCAAAAUUCACUCUCCUAGCUCUCCAUCUUCUGAGACAGACCAAGAGAACGAUCGAGAGCCCAGUCCGGAGAGGCUAAAAGGCAGUGGCAAGCAGAGCAGGGAGAGAGCUGACAGAGAAGGGGGGCCUGCUAAGAAUCGCCUCGAGCUGAUGCCGUGUGUCGUGUUGACUCGAGUGAAAGAGAAAGAAGGGAAAGUGAUUGACCAGCCAGCUUUGGAGAAAUUGAGAGGGAAGCAAGAAAACGACACCAGGAGGUCGUCUCCCUUGCUGGAGCCCAGACUGCAGCAGCUCCCCCCCCAGGCGGAGCCAGCCAAGUCCGAGCAGCUGAAACCGGAGCCCGUGAGAGCGAAGGCGCCGAAGGAAAAGAUGCUCGCCAGUUACGUGGAAGUGGUUGAUAAGGAGGGGAAACUGAAGCCCAAGAAACACCUGAAGACAGAGCAGCCGGGCGAAGUGGCAAACCCCCUUGACCUGGAAAAGUUGGAGGCUCGCAAAAGGCGCUUUGCAGACAUCAGCCUGAAGCCUGAGAAGCAAAAAAUGGAAAUCAAAAGGAGCACCCAGGAGGAGGAGGAGGGGGCGGGGGCGACACGCCUGGUUCUGAAAAAGCAGCCUGAUGUGUCAGCAGAGUCUGAAAGGAAGUCCUUGAGGAAAGAAGCAUUUAAAAGGGAGUCUAAGAAAAUUAAGGUGGAAAGACUUGUUCCUGUUGCCAGUCCCAAAGAUGCCCCAGUGCCUGCAAGCAUUUCUGCCAGCAUUGUUUUACGGCCCAGUUUAGAGCUGCAGGCCAGGCUGGGAGAACCAGUUGAUGAACCUGUGGAAGUCUCUGAGAUCCCUUCCAGGAAGGCCAGUUCAGUGAAACUGCAGCACAGAUAUUCCCAGUUGUUAGGUGACCAAGGAUCUGAGAGAGAUGAUUUACGCAAAAACUACUGCAGUCUUCCAGAAGAAAUGCCUGACCACAGACAUGUCCAAGAGAGGCCCCUGUCGUCAGAUAUUGAGGAGAAAAUUCCAAUUGACAUUGAUCACACACAGAGUUACCGGAAACAGAUGGAGCAAAGCCGCAGGUUAAAGCAGCAAAUGGAAUUGGAAAUAGCCAAGUCUGAGAAGUUUGGUAGCCCAAAGAAAGACCUAGAUGAGUAUGAAAGGCGGAGCCUGGUGCAUGAGGUAGGGAAGCCCCCCCAAGAUGUGACGGACGACUCUCCUCCCAGUAAGCGUAAGAAGUCGUCUGAUGCUUUUGAUUUUGAAAUUAGCACCAAGAGAGAGCGCAACUAUCGAAGUUCCCGUCAGGUGAGUGACGAUUCUGAGAGAAUGGCUUGUUCCCCGAGCCUCAGACCUUUCCCUUUCCAUGAGGAGGACGAGGUGCAGGAUUCCCCAAGGCUGAUGCCUUUAAAAGAAACCAAACAAUCACCAAAAAUAGACGAAAGGGGCCCUGCAUAUUCUCACAUGGCUGUUAGAGAAGACUCUCUGAAGUUUAAUCCCUACGACUCCAGUCAGAGAGAACAGAUGGCGGAAAUGGCCAAAAUAAAGCUCUCCUCACUGAAUUCAGAGGAGGAAUCCAACCGGUGGGAGCCCUCAGUGAAACCAGAACCCGGCCGAGUGGACAUUAGCUUCCCCAGUAGUGUAGUCAAAAGAGACAGUCUCCGGAAACGGUCGAUUCGGGACCUGGAGCCAGGGGAGGUGCAUUCAGACUCCGACGAGGAUGGCGACAGCAAGCCCCGGUCUCCUAAGGCCUCCUUGUUCCUGGAGAGCUCACGCUUGUCUUUUUUAUUAAGGGACAGGGAAGAGAAACUGCGUGAGAGAGAGGAAAGGCUGCCAGCCUCCUUGGAAAGGAACAGAUUCUACUCUUUUGCCCUGGACAAAACAAUCACGCCUGACACAAAAGCCUUGCUGGAGAGAGCCAAGUCUCUCUCAUCAUCCAGGGAAGAAAACUGGUCUUUUCUUGACUGGGACUCCAGAUUUGCUAGUUUUAGAAAUAACAAAGACAAAGAGAAGGUGGAUUCUACUCCAAGGCCCAUCCCCCCAUGGUAUAUGAAAAAGAAGAAAAUAAAAACAGACUCUGAAGGGAAGCUGGACGAUAAGAAAGAAGAUCAUAAAGAGGAGGAGCAAGAGAGACAGGAGUUGUUUGCCUCACGAUUCUUACAUAGCUCAAUCUUUGAACAAGACUCAAAGCGCUUGCAGCAUUUAGAAAGGAAAGAUGAAGACCUGGACUUUCUUUCCGGCAGAUCGUAUGGUAGACAGUCUUCUCUGGAUGGGACCAACAGUCUCCCAGAUGUCUUGGUGCAAGAGCCAGUGGUUCUCUUCCAUAGCAGGUUUGUUGAACUCACUCGCAUGCAGCAGAAGGAGAAGGAAAAAGACAAGAAACCCACAGAAGCUGAAAAGCAGGAAGAGAAGGAGAACCGUCCCGAAACACCCCUGCCUGAAAAGAAAGGGCUUGAGCAGCAGGCUUCCGUGCCAGCAGCUCCAUUGCCGGCAGCUCUUGUCCUCCAAGGCCCAGAGAAGGUCAUCGGCGAGAAGUUACUGGCCGAUCUGCCCCCUUCUAGAGAAGAAAAGGCCCAUGAGCUUAGCCCUGAAGCCGAAGAACCUCUUCCUGAACUCCUUGCUCCUGUGAAAGUCGAACUGCCUGAGCCGCCUCUUGAAGCUUCUCCAGCUACAGAAAACAAAGACGCUGCUCUUUCCAGUGCACCUCCUGAGGAGGACUCCAUCCCCAUGGAGAACCCAUUGUCUUUGGACACAAAGCCACCUACUCCUGGGUCUUCUUUUUCCCCAGCAGACACUGUCACAGACCCAGAAGCAGUUGGAGCCCCCCCACCAUUGGCCACGAUGCCUGAGGAACUGUUGGAACCCAAAGGAGACAGCGUUUCAGGGGCCCCAGGCUCAGAAGCUGCUGCAGUCCAGAAAGUGGAGGUGGUCGCUGAGGUGCUCCCUGCAGCUUCUGAUACUGAGGUGGAAGCUGACCCUCCUGUUGUUGUGAAAGACAAAAGGCCUUGCAAGAACAAGCGGUCCAAAACUCCCAUCCAGUCUGCUCUUGCCAACAUCACUGAUAAGCCCAUCACGAGGAAGAGCGAAAGGAUUGACCGUGAAAAACUCAAAAGGUCUGUCUCUCCACGUGGGGAAGCGCAGAAGCUUCUCGAGUUGAAAGGAGAAGCAGAGAAGAUUGUGAAAAAUGCGACUAAAUCUCCAAGUGCAGCGGCAGAGCCAGACAACCCAGAGCCAAGUUUGCCUGUUGGCCGAACAAGGCGCAGAAAUGUCAGGUCAGUUUAUGCUACUCCAGGAGACCACGAAGGUCCCUUGCCCCUAAAAGACCCUGUUGAGGUGACGCGGUCUACCAGAAAAAGAGCUGAAAGAGAGCCUCCCGAGACAGUAAUUGUUCCUACUCCUCCAAAAAGAGGCAGGCCUCGAAAGUCACGUCACAAACCUGAGGAGGAAAUCUCUCCAGUCAAGACAGAGCCUGUACAGCUGGAAGCAGAAGAGGCAGAAACAAAAGAAGCAGUGGAAAUCCCUAAACCUGUGGAGGGGUGGAGGUCCCCUCGAUCCCAGAAGCUACUGCACAGCCACUUGUCGGCUGCCGGCAGUCAGCAAGGAAAGAAAGGCCGAGCUGAACCAAAGGUAGAAAUCCCAGCAGACCCUGAAGAGCCACCUGAACUACCUGGCCAAGGUGCACAUGCAGGAGAAAAUGGCAGUAAGAUCAAGAUAGACAAAGAAACAGCUGCCAGUGAACAGAAGCGAGAAAGGAAAGAUGUUGACGUGGAUAAAAAUGCUCCUGAGGUCUGCACAGUUGAGAUUGUAGAAAGAAAACCUGCCCCGGAGAAGAUGGCCAAGUCCAAGAGGGGAAGAUCUAGAACCAUGAAGGCUGUGGACAGAGCGUCCUUGAUCAAGAGCCUGAAAAGUGUCGAAAUCCGGCUCAACGUGGAUGAGGUCAAAGGUGCUCUGCGGCCAAGCGAAGAGGAGAUGGAACCCAUGCCAGUAUCGCCCAAAAACAAAAGUCCCCGGGAGGAAGACAAAUUGCCUGCCCAUUUCCUAAAGAGUGAGGCAGAUGACCCCUUUCUGGACACGGGGCAGGACACCCCGUGUGAGCCAACGCAGUCUCCCGAAGCGGUCCAGUUGGCCAAGCAAAUGGAACUUGAACAGGCGGUGGAGAAUAUUGCCAAGCUCACAGAAGGCCCAACGUUGGCAGCCUAUAAGGAGCAGGCUGCAGAUGUGGCUGAGGUCCGCCCAGAAGAAGAGGGCGACAAGCCUGCCCACCAGGCGAGUGAGACCGAACUGGCGGCAGCCAUCGGCUCCAUCAUCAACGACAUUUCUGGGGAGGCCGAGAGCUUCCCUGCCCCCCCACCGUAUCCGUCGGAGUCGGAGGUGCCUGCAGAGCCAUUAGUGCUGCCCUCCCCACGGGAGGAGAUGGAGCCUGAGACAGACCUGGCUGUCAACAAUAUUUUGGAUUCCGAAGCAGCAGCCGCGACCGAGCCACCUGUGCCCCCCUCCUCUGGGUCCGCUGCCUCGGCCACGGCAGCCGCGAGCAAAGAGGCUGAAGUGAGCCUCAGCGAGUCUUCCAGUUCAGCACAGGAAACAGAAACCCUGCAGGAGGCUGACGGGUCUCGGAAGGAAAGGGGCCGCCAGAAGGCCGCUCGGCCAAGACGUAAACGGAGCACCAGCAAAAAAGGAGACACUGCCGAACCGAGGGACAUUGAGUCUGAAAGAGGGCCGAGGGCCGUUGAGUCUGAAAGAGGGCCGAGCAAAUCCCCGGUUGCCAGUGAAAUGAAAGGGAAACUGGAGGAAAGCACGAAAGAUGACCAGCCCAGCAAAAACUCUCCUCCAGCCUCCCCCAAACCUGCUGUUCCAGAUGCUAGCCAGAUCCCAUCCCAGGAGGCGACGUCGCAGCAGCCUUCUGCAGAAAGCAGCCCCCCACCCAAAGUUCCUGAUCCACUGAAUCUGCCACCUCUGUCACUUCCUGUCGACGACUUGAGCCAAACGGGGCUCCAGCUGCGCCCAGCCACCGAAACCGCGCCUGUGACUCCACCGUGUGCCCCGACCCCAACCGUUACCUCGGCCGCUGCAGCUAAGCUUGGGGGCCCUGUCUCUGCCGGGCUGGGUCCCCUUCCCUCCGGUGCAGCCAAGGUGACAGAAUGGAUCGUGAAGCACGAGGAGGCCCGGGCCCACUCCACCCCUCCUCCUCCUCCUGCUCUCCCCCCAGACACAAAGGCCUCAGAUAUCGACACCAAUUCCAGUACUUUGCGGAAGAUCCUGAUGGAGCCCAAGUACGUGUCUGCAUCCAGCAUUGCCUCCACACACGUCACAGCGGCCAUUGUUGAACCGGUGAGUGCCCCUCGUGUGGAAGAGGCGCCCCCUCACCCCCCGGCGGAGGCUAUGAUGAGGCCGGGCGCAGAAGAGAAGCCGGCCGUGCCCGCUGCCCCAAAUGCUCUGGACCCCCCUGCUGCAGAGGCCCCCCUGGUCUUUGCGGAGAAGGAGAAGAUCCUGACAGUCAUCGCCCCCAAGGCCACGUCGGUCAUCAGCAGGAUGCCCCCCAGCAUCGACCUGGAGGAAGCCCCCAGAAUUCCCCUGGUGAAGCCGGUGCCCCCACCCCAGGCGUGCCUUGUCAGCUCCCUUCCUCUGAAGCUCAAGCAGAGGCCAAGUGCAAAUGAUGACAUCCGCUUCCACCCGGGCUCCAUGCCUGUGAUCGAAGACCGGCCGGCAGAGAGUGGCGCCGGCCCGGGUCUUCGCGUCAACACCUCAGAAGGCGUGGUGCUUCUGAGCUAUUCGGGGCAGAAGACAGAAGGCCCGCAGAGGAUCAGUGCCAAGAUCAGCCAGAUCCCCCCAGCCAGCGCUGUUGAUAUUGAAUUCCAGCAAUCCGUCUCCAAGACCCAAGUGAAGCAGGAGCCCCUAGGGCCAGGCCAGGCACCCCCCAAGGGGUAUCAGACAGCGGCGGGCUACGGGAGCGGCCCAGCCCCUUCGGCACUGGUGCUGGGUGCUCAGCCCUAUGGCUCUUCGCCGGUGCUCUCCUCUAUCAAACUGGAGCGUGGCAGCGUGGAGAAAUCUGAACCGGCACACCUCUCUGCAACAGCACCUGCUUCUCAGCCGGGCCCAGUUAAGGUCCUCUCCCAGGCCAGCAGCACUCCACCCGUCCUGGUCCACAACCAGAUGGUGCUCUCUCAGAGCAUGGCUUCCAGCAACAAAAAGCUUCCAGACCCUCCAGCGGCCCUGAAGGCAGAGCCCAAGGCCCUGCAGCCUUCCAGCCUGAGCCCUGGGGUCGGUCCUCAUCACCCCUCCUUGCCCGGCAAGAUGCACCCAGACGCCAACCACGUGAGCAUGGGGCCCGGCACCCCAGGCGACCGGGCGGUUCCUCACUUGGGUGUCUCGAAGCAGGAGCCCCUGUCUCCCCGGACGAGCGGGCAUUCUCCGUCGCCAUUCUCAAGGGCUUGCCAUCCGGGCGGCCCCUCUUCCCCGGCUUCGGUCAUGCUGGGCCUCCAGGGCUCUCCUUGCCCAGGGAUCCCCGUGCCCCAGUACAUCUCCAGCAUGCACCCCGAGCAGUCUGUGAUCAUGCCUCCCCACAGCGUCACCCAGACCGUCUCCCUGGGCCAUCUCUCUCAAGGGGAAGUGAGGAUGAACACCCCUCCCCUACCUGGCAUGCCCUACAACAUCCGCUCUGAAGCCCUCCACUCCCCCCGGGCAGCUCUGCAGCCUCAGCGGUCCAGCACGCCUCAGCCGGCGCCUGUCAGAGAGAUUGUCAUGCCGCCUCUGUCUUCCCAGCAUUCCCCAGAAGAAGAAAUGCACUACCACCACACGGUGUGUCGGGGGUCGGCCCCCGUGCAGUCGGACGUGCUGGUCAUGCAGCCAGAUUACCGCAUGCACCCGACCGGCAUGCGGCUUGACCAGUACAACGUGCCCCGGGAUGUGCGGAUGAUGAUGCACCCACACAUGGCAGCGGUGGCCGGGGAGCAUCACCCAGAGACCCGGCAGUCCAGAACUCCAGAAGGGGGAUCUGUCAAAACGCCGCCUGCCCCCAAGACUCUCCAGUCGGGCAAAGAGACCCCCAAGUCUGCUGAAGUCAAACUGGCUCACUCUCCGCAUAGCGAGCCACGCCUCCUCAGUGGUCAGCUGCCCGGCCUGCCUCUGGCUCAGCCGGUGGUUGUGCCGCACGGUGUCCAGAUCAUGCAUCCUGCCGGGAGCUCCUUCCACGACUACCGGGCGGUGUACGGCGACAUCCGGAGCUACCACCCAGCGGCUCAGCUCGGCCCACCCCCCUUUCCAGGGGCUCCCUCAAUGGGUCUGCCUUCCCGGAGCAUGACCCCCUCCCAGGGUCUGCCGGAAGGAGAGCACUCACAUCCCAGUCAGCCAGCUCACAGCAAAACGCCGCAGCUCUCCCAGGAGCCCAAGGGGGGGGCACAGGCAGCAGGCCCAGAGCCGACACAUCACCCUGCCGUCGGCCGGCACGUCCCGCAGAUUGAAGCCCACGUGCACCUUCCGAGAGGCCAGGCAGACCCGGGCCCAACCUCCUAUCCUUCUCCCGUCGCCAUCUCUGUGAAGCAGGAGCUCCCUUCCCCGCACCAGGCCCAAGCGGUCCAGAAAGCAGCCCUCUUCAUCCCCACCACUGCUGGUCCUGGCGUGCCCCCGGGGCUGUCGCUCGCCCGCCCAGAACCUCAGUCAGCACUCAAACCCGAUCCUGUUUCUCAAAGGCCUGUCGACAUGGUCCAGCUUCUAACGAAAUACCCGAUUGUGUGGCAGGGGCUCUUGGCCUUAAAGAACGACACGGCCGCAGUCCAGCUGCACUUUGUCUCUGGCAACAAUGUCCUGGCGCAUCGCUCCCUGCCUGCUCCAGAAGGGGGGCCUCCGUUGCGCAUCGCCCAGCGCAUGAGGCUGGAAGCAUCCCAACUGGAGGGCGUCGCGCGCAGAAUGAUGGUGGAGAGCGAUUAUUGCCUGCUGCUGGCCCUGCCCUGCGGACGAGACCAAGAGGAUGUGGUCAGUCAGACCGAGUCGCUGAAGGCUGCCUUCAUCAGCUACCUGCAGGCCAAGCAAGCCGCCGGCAUCAUCAACGUUCCCAAUCCUGGCUCCAACCAGCCAGCGUACGUCCUGCAGAUAUUCCCACCCUGCGAGUUCUCCGAGAGCCACCUGUCUCGCCUGGCCCCAGACCUCCUGGCCAGUAUCUCCAACAUCUCGCCUCACCUCAUGAUUGUCAUCGCAUCAGUCUGAGCUGCUGACCGGUUGUGGACUUGUCUCUCCAAGGCACG